AUGGAAAUAUUCUCCAUAUGGGACUAUAAUGGCAACAUUGCAUAUGAAGACAUCAUAGAAGCAACAGAGGACUUUCACAUCAAAUAUUGCAUUGGCACCGGCGGAUAUGGCAGUGUUUACAGAGCAGUACUUCCAAAUGGCAAAGUCGUAGCUGUAAAGAAACUCCACACCCAUGAGGCCCAGCAGAUAACCCUUUUCAACAGUUUUCAGAAUGAGGUUGAAAUGUUAAAGGAGAUAAGGCACAAGAACAUCGUUAAACUCCAUGGAUAUUGCCUCCACAAUCGUUGCAUGUUUCUCAUUUACCAAUACAUGGAGAGGAGAAGCCUGUUUUUGGCGUUGAGCAAUGAUUCAGAAGCAGUGGAAUUGGAUUGGAAUAAGAGGCUAAGCAUCAUUACCAGAGUCGCACAUGCUUUGUCCUAUAUUCAUCACCAUUGCAUUAAACCCAUCAUUCAUCGAGAUGUUACAACAAGUAACAUACUUUUAGACUCAAAGCUUGAGGCUUUUCUAUCAGAUUUUGGCAUCGCAAGAUUGCUUGAUCUUGAAUCAUCCUAUCAUACCACAGUUGGCGGCACUUGUGGCUAUAUUGCUCCAGCAUACACCAUGACUGUGACAGAGAAAUGUGAUGUGUAUAGCUUUGGAGUGGUGGCAUUAGAAAUAAUAAUGGGAAAGCAUCUAGGAGAACUAUUAAACUCGUUGUGGUCUAAAUUUGUACCGCCUAUAGCCAUCAAAGAUUUUUUAGACUCUCGUCUAAGAUCUCCACUGAUCACAACUAGAGCGGCACAAAAUGUAGUUUUCACAUUAACUUUAGCCUUUGCAUGCCUCCACCCAAAUCCCAAAGCGCGACCUACAAUGCAGCAUGUGACUGAAAUAUUUUCUGUUAGAAGGCCUCGUCUUGAAGAGUUCUCAUUUAACGAGAUUUCAAUUGAACAAAUUUUAAGAGAAGUAUACCAUGUAUUUAAGAUUCAAGAAUAA